AUGGAAUUAGAAAAGAACGGCAAUGUUAAAAGCAAAAGGAGAUGCUUCAGUCAGUCCUCCCAUCUUUUUUCUUGCUCUGAGGAAGCUGAGCACACACUCAUCAGAGACAUUGCAUUGUCAGAGGAAAGCUUACCUUAUUUAAGUUCAUCUUUAGAUGCAGACAUUGAAAUGUAUACUAAAGAGAGAAUGAGAAUUUGCUGUGCACAGGUAGAUGAAAGCAAGAAAGAAGCUGAUAUGUUGGGAAGGGCACGUGACAAUAUGCACUUCAAUUGCGGGGUGUGUGAUGAUUGCAGACAAAGUCAUUUAGGUGAAGAUUCACAGCUAGAGUAUCUCAGUGCUCACGAACAAGAUUUUGAUGAUAGGAAUAGCUCAAGUGAGUUUUCUGAGCAAAGGGAAACUAUAGGAAUCGAAACCUUAAAGCUGAUAGAUCCAGGUCAUGAAGUUCCAGGUGGUGCAGUCACACAGAAACACAAUCUCAUUGGUGUGUCAGAAGAUUGUUCUGCUUCUGAGUAUGGUGUAGGUGACCAGACCUGCCCAGAAGCAGCUAUGCCAGAGCUUCCCCACCUGCUUCAGGACUCUCUGUCUCUGCCAGAUUGCAAUGGCAUGAAUUAUGAUCAUCAGGAAGAGCCAACAGAGUAUCAUAGUGUUGUUUGUGGAAAUAUACUUGAAAGUCAUUCAUGUGGGAAUAGAGAAAGGGUCUGUCCAAAUCGGCUUGUAUGUGGCAGUUUAGAAAAUGGAGAGGUGAAAGACAUACCACUGAUGGACAGCAUACUGCCACCCCAAAUUGCUACAAGCAAAGAAGUGUCUGAAAAGAAUGAUAGACACAUUCACAGUGUCUCAGUGAAACAAGACAAUCCUUUACUGUCAGCAAGGGCAAGGGCCCCUGCAGUAGCCAUGCAAUUUUGCAAACUUGCAGGGGAUUCUGAUUUCUACAGUUGUGAAGAAUCUGGUAUGUGUGCACGUGGUACCAGCUGCCUUGACUGCACUGCAAAGGAUGCUGAAACCCAAUUUCCAGUCUCUGCAAUUCUCCCUAGCAAGAACCCCUUUUUUGGGGUGGAAGUUGCAGAUAAAUCCUCCCAUGGAAAUACCAGCUGUCUGAACUUGGAGCAUCAUGAAACCUUGAAAAAUGUUACCAGUGACUCUAUGGUUAACCAGGCUGUUGAUGCGAGUUCUGAUUUUAGAGCUUGCUUUACAACAAGCAGAAGUACCAGUGCUCAGGUUUGUCUCUCGUCCAGGGCUACUAAUACAGAGAUAACAAUGAUGAACAAAUCUCGACCCGUGGGAUGGUGCCGUGAAAGGUGUGCAGACGUUGCUUGCAAUACAGACUGGUCAUGUGGAGCUGGUAGCACAGAGGAAAUUCCAUUGCAGCUUACUGACACACUGGAAAAACGUUCAGAUGGCAAUACUGCAACAGCUGAAAGAAGUUCACAAAUUCAGGAACAGUGGGAAUCAAAAAAUGAGCUGUGUAGCAGUGAUUUAAAGAUAAGCACUGACAGGCCAGUACACCUUGACAAACAAGCUGUGAAGAAUUCUACAUCAAGCUACUGUCACAAAAUACUGCAGAGAGCAAUUGAAGCAGAACUGCAGAUUCUAAACAUUCAUUAUCAGAUGUGUUAUCAGCACUGCUUGAAGAUUUACAAACUGGCUUUGGAGGAAAACACAGGUUUUAGCAGGCACGUACUUUAAUGUAAUGGAAAUGCUGAAUUACGUUCAUCUCUCAUGUUGGUUUUGCAAGAGGUAAAAAAGAAUUACAGCAGUAUGAGAAUGAAAAUAAAAAUGGGCAUACCUUUAAAUGUGCUUCCACCGCUAUCAGUUGAGAUGAAGUUGUUCCCAAUCUCUUCCUCUUAUGUCCCCUGCAAGUUGUUCAGAGAGGAUCUUUGCUAUGAUUCUGUUUCAGGCACAAGAAAAGCUGACUUUGAAGUACCAAAACUGCAAGAAAGGAAAAGUUCUGUCAACAUGGACAAUCCACAAACUGUAUGUUUAACUGGUGGCUGUCAGCCGAGUGACUGUACUUCCUCCAAGACAUUUGAAGAACAACAUAAAGAUCAGGACAUGGAAUGUGGCUGUGUGAAAACUGAAGAAAGGAAUGAAUACUGGUUUGAUGCUAAAGAGGAGUUGACAGUAGCAGAUUUUUCAGUAAUAUCUGAAGAAACAAAAAACCAACAAGAAAAACAAGACACAGUUGAUUUAAGAGAAGUGAAGAUAAUGGAGAGUGGAAAUGAGUGUUCUUUUAUUCGUGUUGGUGGCCUAAAUUCCUCAGUGUCAGAGGGUGAUUUAAGAUCACAUCUCCAGAAGUAUCAAAUUUCUGACACUCUUACCUCUGUGGAUUCUAGUAACUACAGAUACACAUUUCUUUCCUUUAAAGACACUAAUAAAGCAAAGUUAGCUGUAGAGGAAAUGAACCAGAAAAAAAUAAAAGGAAAACCAGUAAGUGUUGAACUUGUAGAUACUUCAUCACAGAAUAAAUAUUUGGUUUCCCAAGUACUUGCAAAUAAGCUUUGGCAUGAAAACCAACCUGUUGAUAACAGUCAAAGAAAUCAUCAAGACAAAACACUCGCUUCAGCCUCCAAUUCUGUGAAAGCACCUGACGCCACCUCUGCUUCUGAGAAAAUGCAUCUCCUUCCCAUAACUUCAGAAAUUUCUUGCUCUACACAAGUACAUUCAGAAACAGAGUGCACUGGUCUGAAAUCAUCUACUGAAGAUUCAGUACAUUAUUUACUUGGAGUUAAUCAAAAGGAUACUGGAGAAAAUUUCCUGCAGAAAACAUCUGCUCCUUUCUCCACUAAUUCAUAUGAUGCCUUUAUUUCUCCUAAUACGUUGAACUUGAGCAGCUUUACCAAAUUAAUGAAGAAACUUCAAGAAAUUCAUCCAGAGGCUAGCAGAGACAAAAUUGUGGAUGCUCUGCUGGAGGUGAGGAGAAACAACAAAGGUAUCCUAAGCGGCUUGUCCAUCAAUUCUAUUGCAGAAAGGACCUCUGUCAUUCUGAGAAAAUCGAUGCCCAGUUGUGGGUGGGAAAAGCAAUGUAAAUAA